AUGAACCUAGAUGCGUGGGAGGAGAAGGUGCGUCAUGUGCAGCCUCUCGAGAUGAAGGAAAUGCAACUGCUCCUUCGCACAGCCGUAAAUCUUCUCAUCGAGGAGAGCAACGUGCAAGGGGUGCACCUCCCUGUCACCAUCUGCGGUGACAUUCACGGUCAGUUUCUCGACCUUCUUCGACUCUUCGAGGUGGCUGGGGAGAUUCGUCGUGAGUCUAGCAGCAUGAACUACAUCUUCCUCGGCGACCUUGUCGAUCGGGGGCGCAACAGUGUCGAGGUACUUACCUUUCUCUUGAUUCUGAAGCUCAAGUAUCCGCACAAGAUCACCCUCAUCCGCGGCAACCACGAGACCCGGCAAGUCACCACCAUGUACGGCUUCUACGACGAGUGCGCUGCAAAGUACGGUACGGUGGAGAUUUGGAAGUUGUGCACGGAGGUGUUCGACUGUAUGCCGAUUGCCGCACUCAUCGAGGGCAAAAGUCUUUGUAUUCACGGCGGCCUCUCUCCUGAAAUCCGCGCGAUUGAUCAAAUUCGGCUGCUGAAUCGGCGGCAAGAGAUUCCAAACGAGGGACCCUUCUCAGAUCUCGUCUGGUCGGAUCCAGAGAACGUCGACGGCUGGGUUGUGUCGCAGCGCGGCGCCGGCUUUCUUUUUGGCGCCUCCGUCACGCAAGAGUUUAUUCACCGCAACCGGCUCAACCUCAUUGCCCGUGCGCAUCAGCUCGUCCACGAAGGGUUCAAGUACCACUUCGACGAGGACUACCUCUGCACCGUGUGGUCAGCGCCAAACUACUGCUACCGCUGCGGCAAUCUCGCCAGUGUCUUGCGCAUCUACGAGGAUCACUCGCGCGAGUUUGUCGUCUUUAAGGAAGUGGAGGCACAGAUCACGAUCUCCGACGAGCCAAAGGGGAAGGGGCCCGGUUACUUUCUGUAG